AAUAACCAGAGACGUUUGGUCGCUCCAAAACUGCGUUCCGCCGAUUAGAUGCCUCGUAAGAAUAAUAAAAUAAAGUGGAAAGGGAAGACUCGCAUAUUACUGGCGCAAAUAUAGCGCGUUGGCAUCAGCUGAGAUUACCGGGAUUUGUUUGUGAAAUGUUUUGCGGGUUUUUACGAAUUUUUCCGUGACAACAAGUAAAGUACUAACAACAAAGACAUGAGUGACCAAGUGAGUGCCUUUGGCCAAUGCAGCGUCCGGAAGUUCAUUUUUAGAAUUCAAAUGUGCACUGAUUCUGUUGUCGUGCGGUUUUUGUUGUGUUUGAUGUCAGUGAAAACAUACAGUUAACCUGAUCUUCCCCACGUUGUCGUGACAGCCCAGCAUAUGAUAUACAUCAAACAAACGAUGGCGCGCUAUACAUUAGCACCUUUAAAAAAUAUAAUUUAAUGCUGCAUGCACCACGGGCACAAAAAGUUUGAAGUGCGCUCUGGAGAUUCAGCGAAGAUUGUUUCCAAUACUGGUCUCGCACCUGUCGUUGCACAACACUACAAUUCGCUGCCUGAUCAAGGUCGUGAAGGCAGAAAAGAAUCGCGUAUCUUCCAUAUGCGUUCCUUUAACAACUGGGUGAAAUCAAUGCUUAUCAAGGAAUUUAUUAAGCGGGCUCGUGAAAAUCCUCAUAUGUCGCAAGGGGCUUUUCGUGUCCUCGACAUUGGUGCAGGAAAAGGCGGCGACCUGAUGAAGUGGCAAAAGGGAGACAUCAACCAUCUAGUCUGUGCUGAUAUUGCAGAAACGUCACUACAACAGGCAAAAGAGCGUUAUAUGGAUAACCGAAAUCGUGCGGUUCGUUUGGGUUUCGACAUUUUCGAAGCAGAAUUCGUCGCGGCAGAUUGUACGAGGGAGAGGCUUGCCGAUAAAUACUCCCAAUCGGAUAUUGUCUUCGAUGUUGUAUCAUGCCAAUUUACUUUCCAUUAUUGUUUCGAAUCAUUGACACAGGCUCGAUGCAUGAUACGGAACAUCUCCGAAAGGCUUCGGAAGGGAGGCUACUUUAUCGGAACUACUCCAAACGCGUACGAGCUUGUACGCCGCCUCAAGGAAUCUGAUGAACUCAGCUUUGGUAAUGAUGUGUACACGGUCACAUUUAGCUCAAAAGAAGAUUUUCCGCUAUUCGGCUGCAAGUACAAUUUUCAGUUGGAGGGGGUCGUGGACUGCCCCGAAUUUCUAGUCAAUUUUGAAAUGUUUAAAAUUCUCGCACGCGAACAAGAUCUUGAACUCGUUCAGCGAUGGACAUUCGAGGAGUUCUUCAAUGAUUUUCGUAACCAGGAAGGCGCCUCGCUGCUACAGAAAAUGAACGCUUUAGAAACAUAUCCUGCCCACAUAGGGGGGUCACUAGCCGGCCAUGAGCACGACUACGUUCAUGCACAUGAAAUUCACAAAGCGACGGGCAAACAAUUGGGAACGCUUUCGAAGCCAGAGUGGGAAGCACUGACUGUGUAUGUUGCAUACGCAUUCGUCAAGAAAUAAUGAAUUACUAGAGUUUGUUGUAAUCGGCUCAUCAACCAUUUGAUUGAUUAUUCUUUCAGGAACGCGUUAAGCGACGCCCACUACCGUGUUGUCGAACGCUUUAAAUGCGCGUCAUGUGUAUCGAGCCGUGAGUUACUUAAAGUUAAUGGAAACGAUAAUACUUCAGUGGAUGUAACGUAGUAUUGAAUAAUAUUACGUGACUUUUUUACCGUGAUCCACAGUCAAGACGAUAGAGGCGAAAAAAGUAAGAAUGAUGUGAACAAACAAAAAAAACUUUGAAACUGCUAAUGGUAUUGCCUCAUAUUAAGGCUUGCGUCAUACAAAUGGAUUGUGUUAACACAGCAAAUAAAACUUGUAUAGAAUUUGUAUAUGGUGAAAAGGCCUGCCUAUUUUAAAUUUGGAGCUA